AUGGCCUCUUAUUCGCAAUUCUUGACGAAAGAGAAAGAGGAUGAGCUUCGCGCCAUCGCAAAUGCGAUCGUUGCUCCGGGAAAAGGAAUUUUGGCAGCAGAUGAAUCGACCGGUUCGAUGGACAAAAGAAUGGCAUCGAUUGGAUUGGAGAAUACCGAGGAGAAUCGACGCAAAUACCGACAAACUCUUUUCACGGGCAGUGACGAACUUGGGAAACACAUUUCGGGAGUGAUUUUCUUCCACGAGACUUUCUACCAGAAAACCGAUGAUGGAACACCAUUUGUCGAAGUUCUCAAAAAGAAGGGGAUUAUCCCUGGAAUCAAGGUGGACAAGGGUGUGAUCCCAUUGGCCGGCUCUGUUGGCGAAGGCACCACCCAAGGACUUGAUGAUCUCAAUGCUCGUUGUGCUCAAUACAAAAAGGAUGGUGCUCAAUUCGCGAAAUGGCGCUGUGUGCACAGGAUCUCGGCCACCACCCCAUCGCAACAAGCACUCGUCGAAGUCGCCCAGGUUUUGGCUCGCUAUGCCUCGAUUUGCCAACAAAAUGGCUUGGUGCCCAUUGUCGAGCCGGAAACUCUUUGUGAUGGAGAGCACGAUCUUGCUCGUUGCCAGAAAAUCACCGAGACCGUGCUUUCGUACACAUACAGGGCUUUGAAUGAGCACCAUGUCUUCUUGGAGGGAACUCUCCUCAAGCCAAACAUGGUCACCGCUGGUAUGUCAUGCGCCACUCGGCCAACAAACGCUGAAAUCGGUCUUGCCACUGUCACCGCUCUUCAACGAACUGUUCCAUCCGCCGUCCCUGGAGUCGUUUUCCUUUCUGGAGGACAGAGCGAAGAAGAUGCCACUCUCAAUCUCAAUGAGAUCAACAAGGUUGCGGGCAAAAAGCCUUGGGCGUUGACUUUCUCGUACGGACGCGCCCUCCAGGCAUCGGUUUUGGCUAAAUGGGCUGGUCAAGAUGAGAAUGUUGCCGCUGCACAGGAUGUUCUCCUUCACCGUGCUCGCAUGAACUCGUUGGCGUCCGUCGGAAAGUACACAGGUGAUGAGACUGGAGACACGGCCGCUGCCCAAUCACUCUUCGUUGCCAACCACGCCUAU